CGAACCGAAGAGGGAAGUGAUAAUCCCACGCGAGUUCUGCGGGUGAAAGUGGAUAGAGCUGAGAGUGGGGCCUGAAAGCUGCCAACGAAGCAUUUGGGGGCGGAGGCGUGAUAUAAGCGUGAUGGGGACCGUGGCCUACCGGGUUGAUCGCGUGAGAUUUCUGCCCGAGAAUCCGUCGAGCAUUGUCCCAAUCACGAUUUCCGGAGUGGGGGUUGGGGCUAUGGCUGUGCCUUGUUUACAGAGGGAGCAGGUUACAGUUCCUCUCAGUCAUCUUAUCAGUGCCUUCCAUUCACCAAAACCCGUGUCUGUUUCAGUCAGUGCAUCAGUUUCUCCAAACAAGCAUCGAGAUGUAGUUCCAGAGCAUGAGGCUGCUGGCAGUGAGCCUGCACUUAAUUUAAGGGACCUUGGAUUGUCUGAAUUAAAAGUUGGACAGAUUGACCAAUUGGUAGAAGAUCUACUUCCUGGAUUUUACAGAGGCAAAAGUAUUUCUUCGCACUGGCACACAUCUCAUAUCUCUGCACAGUCCUUCUUUGAAAAUAAAUAUGGUCACUUAGAUAUGUUUAGUGCUUUACGUUCCACUUGCUUGUUUCGACAACAUCCAAGAACUCUUCAAAGAAUUUGUUCAGAUCUUCAUUGCUGGCCAGUUUUUAUACAGUCUCGGGGUUUUAAAACUUUGAAAUCGAGGACACGACGUCUGCAGUCCACCUCUGAAAGAGUAGCAGAAACACAGAAUGUAGCACCAUCCUUUGUGAAGGGGUUUCUUUUGCGGGACAGAGGAGCAGAUGUUGAGAGUUUGGACAAACUCAUGAAAACGAAAAACAUACCUGAAGCUCAUCAAGAUGCAUUUAAAACUGGUUUUGCAGAGGGUUUUCUGAAAGCUCAAACAUUAACACAAAAAACCAAUGAUUCUUUAAGGCGAACUCGUUUAAUUCUUUUUGUUCUGCUUCUGUUUGGCAUUUAUGGACUCUUAAAAAAUCCAUUUUUAUCUGUCCGCUUCCGGACUACUACCGGGCUUGAUUCUGCAGUAGAUCCUGUUCAGAUGAAAAAUGUCACUUUUGAGCACGUUAAAGGAGUGGAGGAAGCUAAACAAGAAUUACAGGAAGUUGUUGAAUUUUUGAAAAACCCACAGAAAUUUACUGUGCUUGGGGGAAAACUUCCAAAAGGAAUUCUUUUAGUGGGACCACCAGGAACAGGAAAGACACUUCUUGCCAGAGCUGUGGCAGGAGAAGCUGAUGUUCCUUUUUAUUAUGCUUCUGGAUCAGAAUUUGAUGAAAUGUUUGUGGGUGUGGGAGCCAGCCGAAUCAGAAAUCUUUUUAGGGAAGCAAAAACAAAUGCUCCUUGUGUUAUAUUUAUUGAUGAAUUAGAUUCUGUUGGGGGAAAGAGAAUUGAGUCUCCAAUGCAUCCGUAUUCAAGGCAGACUAUAAAUCAACUUCUUGCUGAAAUGGAUGGUUUUAAGCCCAACGAAGGAGUAAUCAUUAUAGGAGCCACAAACUUUCCAGAAGCAUUAGACAAUGCUUUAAUUCGUCCAGGCCGCUUUGACAUGCAAGUUACAGUUCCAAGACCAGAUGUCAGAGGUCGAACAGAAAUUUUGAAAUGGUAUCUGAAUAAAAUAAAGUUUGAUAAGUCUGUUGAUCCAGAAAUCAUUGCUCGAGGAACUGUUGGGUUUUCUGGAGCAGAGUUGGAGAAUCUUGUGAACCAAGCCGCAUUAAAGGCAGCUGUUGAUGGAAAAGAAAUGGUUACCAUGAAGGAACUGGAGUUUUCCAAGGAUAAAAUUCUAAUGGGCCCUGAACGAAGAAGUGUGGAAAUUGAUAACAAAAACAAAACCAUUACAGCUUACCAUGAAUCUGGUCAUGCUAUUAUUGCAUAUUACACAAAAGAUGCAAUGCCUAUCAACAAAGCUACAAUCAUGCCACGAGGGCCAACUCUUGGACAUGUGUCACUGUUGCCUGAGAAUGACAGAUGGAAUGAAACUAGAGCCCAGCUGCUUGCUCAAAUGGAUGUUAGUAUGGGAGGAAGAGUGGCAGAGGAGCUUAUAUUUGGAACUGACCAUAUUACAACAGGUGCUUCCAGUGAUUUUGAUAAUGCAACAAAAAUAGCUAAGCGGAUGGUUACCAAAUUUGGAAUGAGUGAGAAGCUUGGAGUUAUGACUUACAGUGACACAGGGAAACUGAGUCCUGAAACUCAAUCAGCCAUUGAACAAGAAAUAAGAAUCCUUCUAAGGGAGUCAUAUGAAAGAGCAAAACAUAUCUUGAAAACUCAUGCAAAAGAGCAUAAGAAUCUAGCAGAAGCUUUAUUGACCUAUGAGACUUUGGAUGCCAAAGAAAUUCAAAUUGUUCUUGAGGGGAAAAAGUUGGAAGUGAGAUGAUAAUUCUUGAUAUGGAUAUGUUGCUGGUUUUUUUGCAAGAACAUGAAUAUCAUUGCAGUAGUCUUUUGCAGUGCUUUCUUCCUCAUUCUUGAUUUGGUAUAAAUUCAAGAGUGAAUACUUUGUCAACCUUUUGUCACAUUUAUCUAAUUUUGCUUAUUCUCAUGAUCCAUCUCUUGCAAAUUAGCAACGUACUACAAAUAUAUUUUUAAAAAAUAAAGAACUAUCAGGAUUGGAAGCAGUUCA